CUGAAUACAUGAUACCCAACAGAAACGACUCACUAUGUGGAUGGCCUUGGUGAAAGUAAAUACGGAAAAUGUAUAGUGAUGGAGACCUCCAGCGAAUCCCUUUCAGAAGAUGACCUCAACACAAAGGAUAACACAGCUAAGCUGCUCCGAUGCGCGGUUGAUAUACUGAAAGCCAAGCAAGCCGAAUGCAUGGACGCCUCUUUUUCAACAUUUGCCAAGCUGCAAAUCUUGACAGUUCAGACUGUUCAGGACACCAUGACGCUUUAUGGCGUAUCCUUCACAGCUGAGAAGAAGAUGUACGAGUACCUUACGCUAAGAACGGCCAGAAUUCCUGUUGCUUGGGAGGAUCGUGAAGACUGGUAUAGCAUGUUUGAACUACUUGCUCAUGUGAUGGUAAUUUUACAAGAACAGAAGCAGGUCCACCUUCAACUCCUGAAAGAAAUGCGGCAUGUAGUUUAUGUCAGACCAAAAGAUUCUGUUCAGUUCCACUCUAACCUGAUGCAUGAGGAUCGCGAAGUAUGACCUGGAAUAUAUUUUUAGCUAUAAUACACUCAUGAUCUAGUUUGUUCACGUUCAAUAUAUUCCUUCAUCUCGACUGUAA